UAUGCUGGACCGUUCCGGUGGUCAGCUACACUCGAUUGGGUUUAAACCAGAACCACAAGAUCUCAGCGUCCAGUACUACGAUAUCCCCCACUCGCCACUCGCGAUUCGGAUCUGGUCUGGUGGCAUGGAAGGCAUUGGACAGUACUGUUUCGACUUCUUCCACGUCCGCGAUGGUAUCGCCGUCAACACUCCCGACAACUACAAGAUAUCACAGCUUCCCGUUCCUGCCAUUCCGGGAACUAUGAUGUUCGGGGGACAGGUGCAGCCUUGGGAGAUUUCUUUUGGGAUAAACCGUGAGGAUAUACGCCCAGGCGAAGAGAAGUACAGUGUUCCGGAGGGCUCUCGACUCGUGCUCCUGCGCGACGGGGAAGAACCUUUCUAUUUUAAAAUCCCCACCAGAGAGCUCGAGGUCCCGGGUAUCGUCUUCGCUGAGGCUCGUGGGUAGUUCGGUGUGAGCCUCUGUGCAUCGACGUUUCUCUGUUGAAAGUGUGCUAGAGGAACUUGACUUGUCG